AUGGCGGACCUUGACGAAAUCCCCCGGAAGAAGUGUAUUACUACGAACACAUCGGUCAAUUACUGGAGUCGACGCUACAGCAUCUUCUCCAAAUUUGAUGAAGGCAUCUGGCUGACUGAUGAUGCCUGGUUUGGAGUCACCCCAGAGCCAAUUGCCAAUAAAAUCGCUGAGCAUAUUGCUGAAGCAUCUCCUGCUGAUCGGAGCAUCCUGAUCGAUGCGUUUGGUGGUGCAGGAGGGAACACAAUUGCAUUUGCAAAAAGUGGCAGAUGGAAGCAGAUCUACUCAAUCGAGAAAGACCCUGUUGUUCUAAAGUGCGCGAAACACAAUGCUAAGAUCUAUGGUGUGGCUCAUUUGAUCACUUGGUUCGAGGGCGACUGUUUUCAAGUUCUCAAGAAUGAACUUAAGGAUCUGGCACAAACAAGUGUGAUAUUUGCCAGUCCCCCUUGGGGAGGUCCUCAAUACCGGAAGAAAAAGGUGUUGGAUCUGCGCACUAUGGAACCAUACUCUCUUGACACUCUUAUGAAGGAAUAUUCUCUCUUUACGAAGGAAAUUGUCCUGUUCCUUCCCAGAACCUCCAACAUCAACCAGAUCGCAAAAUAUGUGCCAGACGGUAAAAAGGCCACUGUUAUGCAUUACUGUGAGGAAGGUCUGAGCAAGGCAAUGUGUGUGUAUUAUGGUGCAUUCAAGCCACUGUAA